AUGGAUUUCUUGUUUAUCGAGAAUGACACUGAUCAGAACACAACUGGACAAAAUGAGGAUGAAUCACAAUGUAGAAAAUUACCUGUUUCAAGUACAUCUGAAGACGUUGUCGGUGCCGCAACCAAGAGCGAUGAAGCAUCAACCUCAGCCUAUAUGAAAACAGGUUCCAUCAAAGGAAUGGAACUAUGUAAUAAACCAGGAAAACCUUGUGCAGCUGGAAAUGUUCAUGUUGACUCAGUCUGUUUGGCUUGGGAACCACCAAAAGAACUGUAUGAAAAUUAUAUGUACCAACUCAGGUACAAAGAAGUUCAAGUAAAGUCAAAAUGGAAAUUACAUCAAGAAUUAAUGACCAGUAGUAAAGUCAAUUUGGGCAAUUUAAAAUCUGACACAAAAUAUAUAUUUGAAGUCCGAAUGGUAAAUGGUGAGAUUGAAGGACCGUUCAGUGAAACAAGCGAUCCCGUUCAGACUAUUCAAUCAGCCGCUCAACAAAUACUAAAGUUCACGAACGACGUUUCGAGGCCAAAUGUUGGCAUGCCAUUAAAAAGAAUUCCAUUGCAAGAAAACAAAGGAACAAGAAACAAAUUAGCAAAAACGAGGAAGUUAGUUAUAGGUGAAGCAAGCAAAACUCAUUUCGCUGAAAAAACUAUCAUGCUUGUAGGCGCGACAGGAACGGGGAAGAGUACAUUAGUUGAUGGAAUGGUGAAUUACAUAUUUGGUGUAAACUGGAAUGACCAGUACCGACUAACGUUAGUGGAUCUUGAAGAUGAAGAGAGGAAAAGAGAUGCUGAUCAGGCACAUUCGCAGACUCAAUGGAUAACAUGCUAUACAAUACAUCCGAUGCAUGGUAGCCGGUUGAACUACACUUUAAACAUCAUAGACACGCCCGGAUUCGGAGAUACUCGUGGAAUUCAGCGAGACAAUGAAAUUAUUGAUCAAAUUCGUACCUUGUUUUCUCGUGAAGAUGACACUGGUGUUCUUUACAUCAACGCUGUUUGUUUCAUUACAAAAGCUCCCGAUGCUCGUCUAACACCCACACAGAUGUACAUCUUUAAUGCUAUAAUGGCGCUGUUCGGUCAAGAUAUUGAAAACAGUAUUUGCAUGCUUGUUACUUUUGCGGAUGGGAAACGACCUCCUGUAUUAUCUGCUUUGAGAGCAGCAAAACUACCAUACGAGCAGUUCUUUCCAUUUAAUAAUUCAGGUCUCUUCGAAAAGAACAUAGAAGAAAAUGUUUCGUGUUUUUCAUCUAUGUUUUGGGACAUGGGGUGCAAGAGUUUUCAAAUGUUUUUCAGCAAGCUAACUAAUAUGGAAACAAAGAGUCUUCGGCAGACAAGAGAUGUUCUUUUGCAGCGUGAACAAAUAGAAUUAACAAUGAAUAAUUUGCUUCCAAAGUUAGAUGCUGGACUGAAUAAAAUUGAAGAACUGCGUGUAGAAAUUAGGAUAUUAGAAAAUUACAAAACUCAAAUAGAGGAAAACAGCGACUUUACGUAUACUGUUUCAGAAACAGAACAAAAGCAGAUCGAUCUUCCGAAAGGCAAACAUGUAACCAAUUGCCUGACUUGUCAUAUGACAUGCCACAGAGAUUGCAUUUAUGCAAAUGACGAGGAUAAGAAAAAAUGUAAUGCAAUGGACGAAGAUGGGAAUUGUACACAGUGCCAGGAGCAUUGUUUCUGGAAUAUUCACAGAAAUACUCCUUAUAUAUUUGAGUAUGUGACAGUACAGAAACAGAGGACGUAUACAGAGAAGCUUGAAAAGUACCGCCGGGCCGAAGGAGAAACAAUUACGCGAAAAAAGGUUUUAGAAAGAAUGUAUGAUGAGUUGUACGACCUUGAAGAUGAUAUCAUGGCGCUGAUAGAUAAAAUCAAUACUUGUAACAACAUCCUGAAAAAGAUAGCUUUUCGACCAGACCCCCUUAGUGUUGUUGAACAUAUCGACCUACUGAUUGAAAGCGAGAAACUUGAAAAACGGCCGGGAUUUCAAGCUAGGAUUGAAUCCCUUAAAAAGUGUCGCAAAAAGGCAACCAUUGGCGACGACAUCAACCGAUUUACGACAGGUUUUACUGACACGGCGAAAAUAAUUACAGCGCAAGUUAGUUUACCACCGAAACCUCCAAGAAAGAAGCAGAGGACUAGGAAAGAGUUAAGCUUGUUCUAGCCAUUUGCGGAAAUUAAUGACAAGCUUCAGAUAUGACAGGUUCAAUGACAAAUAUUGAAUUAAAUUUCGUGCGUGCUUAAGGUUCUUGAAUGUUUUUACAUUGGUAAUGCUUAAUCAUUACAUAAACGACAGCGCAGGAGUGUAAUAAAGCCAUGUAUAAGUGUAAUAACACUUUGAAGUGAGUCAUUUGCGUAAUGUUUAGAAAGAACUUCCGAUUAAAUGUAAACAAAGCAAUUUGUAUUUUGGCUAAAAGCUUUCACGAUUUUUACAGCGAUCAAAUGUUUGGUUUGUACAAUUAAGCUACUGUUACAUUCAUAAAGGGUAUGGAUCUUUAUUAAAAUAUGUUAGUUUGAAUUUGAAUGUUGGAUUGAAAGCUUAUUUUGAACUUUUAGAAUUGUGUUUAAUAAAUUGAAUUGGUAGAGACACUUUUUGUGAACGAUUUGUGAGCGAAAAAUAGCAAAGUCAGUAGUAGUCUGGGACCUACCGUACCUGAUAAAAUUUGUGGUCACACAUGACUGAGCCGCCAUUGACUUUUAUAUGCUUUUGUUAAAGUUAGAUUUGUAAGACGCCAAACUAAAGUCGAACUCUUCAAACGGUCAAAGCAACUGAAAGGACAUAAGAUUUUUGUCAACGAAGAUUUGACAAAAAUACCCGCGAAUGUUUUGGUAUCGUGUCAUGAAAAAGACAGGACAAAGGUAAAAAAAGCGUGGUCGUUUGAAGUAGAGGUUUACGUGAAAUUUUGUACGCAAUUACAAUUUCAAAGCUACCGCUUUUGGUAAAAUUUCACGUGGCCGAAAGAGGAUGAAACCCAUGCUCAGACUAUAAGAAAAAUCCAAGGAUACCCGACUACAUCAAGGACGCCACAUAGCUCUAGCCCAGGCUCCUACGCAGUCUUCCAAAUCAGAUUGCUAUAUGCAGCCGCAGCAAUAUGAUCCAUCACUCAUCAUUUUUUUUAAUAGAAGAACAUAUUCUUGCAUAUCAGACAGGAUUAUCUACCGUUUACACCGGUGCUAGAACAUCCUGUCUUACACCCCCAUGUAAGUCAAGUUGCGUUCUUUAAAUAACAUCAUUGCGUCGAGCCUUUUAUGGAUGAAAUGCGUUCUUAGGAUGACGUAACUGAACCGUAAUGAAUGAAGUUGUAAGUUCAUACGCUACUAUGAGAAAAAAGUGCGUAAUGAGAAUAUCCAUUUUCUUAAUAUCUGUUCUGAAAAUAAUUGAUAUAUAAUAUGCAAGGAAAAGAAUCAAACAACGGCUGUCGAUGCAGACGGGAAUAUUUAGCUCUCGAGUAACUGUUUAGCUGAAACUCAGCAGAGCCUCGUUACAGCCAUAAACAGUUACCCUCGAGCUAGAUAUUCCGGUCUGCCCGGCAGUCAGUGAAAAUUCAUAUAUUGUUUUGCACAACAAUUGAAUCUUUACGUGAUUAAAGUUAUUUCCUUUUAACCGUUUUUUACUUAUGAGGGAUGUGCUAUAUACACAAUAAACUAAAUGAAUGACAACGACGAAGAUCUUUGUUUCUUAAUACGUAAAAAAAACAAUAAAAAAAUGUAGAAAAGAUCUACA